AUGUUGGGCGCGUCUGCGCCAUUGGCUGCGGUGAACGUGUGCGUGGUGAUCGGCAACCUGUUCGUGCUCUACGUGAUUAUGUCGCAAAAGUCCCUGCACUCGUCCACCAACUCGCUCGUCUUGUCGCUCACCAUCAGCGAUCUGCUUCUUGGAAUUCUCAUCCUGCCUUUCGCCAUCGCCCAGGUGCAAAUUUCCUUCCCUCUGACUGACGUCGAUCAGAUUCCAGGAGCACAUGUCGACGUGGGCGUUUGGCAGCGUCGGCUGUCGUUUGUGGCUGAGUCUGGACGUCUGGUUCUCUACGGCGUCCAUCUACAACCUACUGGCCAUCUCCUUCGAUCGCUACAUGGCCGUGCGACAGCCAAUCAAGUACCCUAUAAUCUCCUCCACCAAGUUGGAUUCUCUCCGAGCUCCCCCCACUUCUGCCUUCCAGAGUGGUCCGUCUGAUGACUUCUCUUGUGUGGCUCUGCUCUCUCGCGCUCGCUUGCGUGCUCUUCGGCCUGGAGACGUGGCCUCACGUAUUCAGCGAAUCCCCAGAGAACGCCGUCGACGCAGGACGACAGUGCAUGCCGACGACGCUCCCGUCCCUGUACAUAAUCUUUUCGGCGCUCGCGUCUUUUGUGUUGCCGGCCAUAGUCAUGGUUUGCUUACUCAUACGAUUCUCAUCUUCUUUUUUUUAAAGACCUUGCUCAACAUUCAAAUAUUCUGCACCGUUCUCACUACCAGUAGAAAAACUACCGUUUUUGCUAGAGACGGCACGUCAAUGCGCGUACAUCGUGGUCAUCGGAAACGCACUUCGAAAAAGGUUUUUUUUUUACUUUAGGCCUUUAGGAAAUGAAAAUUUCAGUUCAAAAGGGAAGACUCGAAGCAAGAAGAAUCUUUCUCACAGAAAGGUUUCAAUUUUUAGCUCUUGAAAAAACUCGAAAAAAACCUAACUCAGAAACGUCCAAGAAAACGUCCAACGCAGGAACAAGCCCACCUCCGGCCGAGCUCCUGGUUCCGACGCCGACUUUGCGAACUUUCCUCAGUCACGCACUUGUUUUUGGAGUCAUCGAGGCCAAGAAAACCAAUCUUCUACAUCAUAUCACCCAGUGAGGACAUCCUCAGAUCAUUUCUUGCAUAUCUUUUGACUUUUUGACCUGUAGACGACGACUGACUCGCUCUUCGAUAAGAACUGAACUUCGGGUCGCCAGAACGACGGCGGUCGUCGUGGCGGCCUUCGUCGUCUGCUGGAUCCCCUUCACUACCAUUUAUGUUUUACAGGUUUUCAAAAAAGCUUUUGAAGUUCUCUUCCACAAAGCCUUGAAAGUUUCUAAAAAAAUUUUUCUUUUCCAUCUUAUUCACUUUCUUUUUUUUUGCAAUGCAUUUUUUUGCUAACUUCUAGGUUUUUAUUUUUAGAAAAAAAUACAGUAACAAAUCAAAAACAGACAAAAAAAUAACUAUGAAGCCUAAUUUUUCUGAGAUGAGGACGGAAAACCAAAAAAAGCUUUUUCGGCUUCUAGAUUUUGCACACAAACAAAAAAAUGAACACGAUUUGAGGCGUAUUCUCUGUGCACGGUGGAGGCUGGUUGCAUUCCGGACCGCCUGUACGUGGUCGCCUUUUGGCUUGGCUACUCCAACUCGGCAGUCAACCCGAUCCUGUACGCGGCGUUCUCGAGGGACUUUCGUUCGGCCUUCCGACGCCUUGUCUGUCGCCGUCAGAAGUGA